AUGAAUUCAAUGAUCAAUUGUUAAAAUCCUAACCAUGAUUCUUAGAGAAUCAAAUAUAUUUGUGUAGAUCCAAUAUGUUAAACAUAAUAGAAGAUUGGUAUUAUACUUAAUGUGAAAAGGUUGUGCUGAUUGUUUUUUGGAAGAUCAUGUUACUCAUUAAAGAAAGAAUGUUGAAUAAUUUCAUGAUUAGGUGAAAUAAUAAUUGGAGUCUUUUAAUUAGAUUGAAUUUUAACCUAUUACAAAUGCAAUUUAAUAAGACUUAGAGAAAUAAAUUGAGAAUGAAUUAGAGAAUUGUCUUUCUUGUAUUACUUAUAGGUUUACUAAUAUAAAAAGUGAUUUGAAAAAUUUAUUAGAUGGUGAAAAUGAAAAAUUAUAAGAAAGCUAUAAUGCUUUGCAAUAGAGUAAAAAUAAUGAAUUAGAUUAAAUGAAAAAUGUUAAUGAUAUACUUUCAAUAAGUUAAGAGGAAUUAAAUGAAUUAGUAAAGUUUUAUUAAGAAUCUUCUAAAAUUUAGAAUAAUUAUUCAAAAGCAUCUGAGAUAUUUGCAGAUGAGAAAUAAAAAAUAAAAUAAAAAAAAUAAAAAUACUUAUAAAAAUUACGUGCAAUAAUGUAAGGAUUAAUGAAAGAAUUUAAUGAUUUGAUGACGACAAAGAAUUUAUAAUAUGAUGAUUUUAGUGAGUUUGAAACACCUUAAAAAUCAUCAAUGUCUCCUAAUAAGAUGACAAGUUUUGUAGAAAGUACAAGAUCAUAAAGAAGAUACUAUAUGAAUUAAUCAAAAAAAUUGUUAUUUGGAAAUUCUUUACGAAAAGAAUGA